AUGGCUACCAAUAAGAGCUCCCCUCAAGGGUCAGCAGCCGGCAACGGCGACACUUUACGUCUCAACUCCGAACUCCAUUUGGUCUCAUCUUUAGCAAAGUUGCAAGAAUUAGAAAGAAAGAUUCAUGGGCUGCGUCAAUUCAUGCCAGACGGACUCCUGGAACCACUUGUCCCAAUAGCAAAUCCAGACAAAGCGACUCUAGACAAUCCAGUCGCUGAAACGCCACGGGUUCUCCGGGCCAACCUCGAUGAGACGGCACGUGCACGCGUCUCAGAUGUCCAGCAGUUUCAGUCCCUGUGGCGGGACCCGGAACUGAAGCCUGUUUGGGACAACGUUGAAUCGCGCAUCAAAGAAUCCAACGGUCAAAUCCUACAGCCAAAUGGAAAGUGGGAUCGGGAUUACGAUCUCCUUCUGAAGGACUUGGCCGAGGAAGAAAAGUCCAAAACUGAUGAUCGUAAGCGCCUGGAGGAGGAGGCUGAGCGGACAAAGGCGCAGUCUGGGGAAGGGGAGUGGCAAAAGGUUCUAGAGCGAUUUGUCCAGCGCAACGUACCCGGUAUAAGGGUCGCUCAGGAGGAGGAUGGUAUCUCCUUGGCAGUGGCACUGGUCAGAGCGGGGACUGUACUCCUGGUCAAAGGCAUUUCCGAGCCUGGAGAGCCGAUCUCUCAAUGGGAAGUGUCGAGCAAGACUGGAAACCGUGAAUUGACAAAAUUGGAAGUUGCCAUUUUGGAAUGUCUGGGCUCUCGCCCGAGGAAGUGGGAUCUUGCUUUCUUGCUGGACAUGAUUUCUUCCUAUGGAGAAAUCAAGCACACGCCUUGUGUGAAGUGCAAUCGCCUGACCAAUAACGGUGCUCAGCUUCCAACACUUCGCCGUUUACAGCCAAACCAACAGUCUCCGGAGGGAGAGCCACGUGUUUACUCGUUCGACGCAUUGCAUUUGGGCUGUGCUUAA